AGUUUAAGUCAAGUGUCUAGUUACACCUGUUACCCUACUGGCCAGGUGCAUACCUUGCUUAAGUCAAUCGUAUAUACCGCCUUGUGAAUGACACUUGUUAUUACUAUAGCCUAAUCCUUGCUAUUAGAACAGUGCUUUUCGUUGAAGCUAAUGUGUUGACUUUUACGCACAAGGUUCUGUCAUUAAACGUGUACGCGUAAAGAGUCGACAAAUAAGAGCAUUUCCGGGAGUGAGUACGGAAGGCAGUAGGCUACGUGGCCACCUUGUUUGACAGUUCGAAGUGGAGCUAUGACUAUGGAAGUGCCUAAAACAGAGGCUGACAGCGGUAGCCCCACUGCUCAUCAGAAUGGUUCUGACAACCCACAGACGACCUCGGAAUUCGGUGCCCAGGUGGAACUUUCACAGUCCUUAGAAAGGACAGAGACUGAUUUGCGCCCCGACGAAAAUGUGGCACAUUGGUAUAUAGACAACAACUGGGGUCUCUCGCUGGAGGAAUUGUUUGAUAUGUCACUGAUCUUUCUGAAAGAGAAAGAUGGCAAAGCUUUCCAACCAACCUAUGAGGAAAAACUGAAGCUGGUUGCCCUGCAUAAACAGGCAUGUCAAGGGCCAUAUGACCCUGAUGCCUGUCCAGAAGUAGGUUUCUUCGAUGUCUUAGGAAAUGACAGAAGGAAAGUAUGGGCAAGCCUUGGCAAAAUGACAAAAGAAGAUGCCAUGGCAGAAUUCAUUAAGCUGCUGAACACCUGUUGUCCUUUAUUCUCUCCUUAUGUUACAUCUCAUAAGAUAGAAAAAGAAGAACAGGAGAGAAAAAGAAAGGAGGAGGAAGAGCGACUCAGGUUGGAGAGAGAGGAGAUGGAGCGACGACGACAGGAAGAGGAACAGUGUCGCAGAGAGCAGCAGGAACAACAGCAGCGUGAGGAGGAGAAGAGGAGACGAGAGGAAGAGGAGCGACUACGGAUGGAAGAGCAGAAACAACAGAUCAUGGCAGCCCUGAAUGCCCAGACAUCAGUCCAGUUCCAGCAGUACGCUGCCCAGCAGUGCCCAGAUGACCCAGAGCAGCAGCAAUUCCUCAUCCAACAGCUGCAAGAGCAACACUACCAGCAAUACAUACAGCAGGCAUGGCAACUAUCCCAGCAACAGACUACUUUGGAGACCCAACAGGUCGAGUCUCCAGAUAACAGAGAGCAAAGUGAGGCCUGUGCGGCUCCUCACAGUGAGAGUGUGAAUGAUCAUCUGGACACUAGCUCCCUUUCACAAGAAGAAAGAGACACUGCUACACCACCAGGGAUCUCGGCCCCAUCCAUGUGGACAAGGCCACUUAUCAAAGAGUUUAAGGAAAAGAUGCACGAUGAUCCAGACUCUAUAAUCACAGUUGGUAGGGGUGAAGUGGUUACAAUACGUGUUCCUACCAAUGAAGAUGGCAAGUAUAUGUUCUGGGAGUUUGCCACAGAUCACUAUGACAUUGGUUUUGGGCUCUACUUUGAGUGGACAAAUUUGGCUACUGGUUCCAGCAGUGUUAGCACCGGGAUUGAACCUAGCGAUGAGGACACAGGAAAUGGGGAGCCUCCAGAGACAGCAAAGGUCACUCAGACGCCUUUGACCGAGGAAGUCGUGCCCGUUAAUCGGCGGGAUAGCCACGAGGAAGUGUAUGCUGGGAGCCACCAGUAUCCAGGGCAGGGGACGUAUCUGCUCAAGUUCGACAACUCCUACUCCCUCUGGAGGUCCAAGGUUGUCUACUACAGGGUCUACUACACCAGAUAAGGCUGGGAGCUGACCUGUUGGAGCUCAACCAUUGUUGCAUUACAGCAUUAUUAUUUUUUAAAUAUUAGAAGGCAUUACAAAGAUCUACGUCCAUGUUUUUUACAAAAUAUUUUAACACGGUAACCUAUUUCAGCUGUAUCUGGUGCUGUGGACCUCAUGUUGGUGGUUAGACUUAGAGAUGACAGUUACAAAGAUAGACUGUGCAAUAGCAUGUUUAGAAUAGCUUCACAGCAGUUGUUCUCGUAAUUUAAAAUCACCUUUCAGCACAAACCUUCACUUUUACUGCUUCUCUUUAAAACAAGAGCCAUUAGCUGGACUGAUAUAUGGGGAGCACAGUGCAUGGAGUUUGUUUUCCUAAACCUACUUCCCCACUAAUGAUUUUCAAACAUUCUACUUGUAUUAUAGGCAUAAUUAUAACUUCUUUUCUUUGGACUGAUUUGGCUGCUAAGAAGUAAAGAAAUGAAUAGCCCUGAAGUACAAUAUAUUUUCAUAAGUGUGUAGAAGAAAUAUUUAAUGUGUAACCAAUUUAGUAUCCACAUCAGACACAUGAAAACAAAACUAAUUUAAAAAACUUAAAUAAAAAAUGUAUGAAACAA